UUGAUUCUGACGUCCAAAAAAGGGUUCCUUCAAUGAUAUUGUUCACCUGUCUCAUAGGCUUAAAGUGGGGUCGGCUGGACAUGGAGGGUGCCCUGACAGCUAGGGACCGGGUGGGAAUCCAGGACUUUGUUCUUCUGGAUGAAACUACAGAGGGAGCAGUUAUCAGCAACCUAAAGAAACGCUUCAGCAAAGAUCUUAUCUAUACUUACAUUGGCACUUUGUUGGUGUCUGUGAAUCCAUAUAAGGAGCUGGACAUCUACAGUAAGAAACAAAUGGAUGUCUACAUGGGUGUCAACUUUUUCGAGCUUCCACCACACAUCUAUGCCUUGGCAGAUAAUGCCUACCAAACUAUGCUGACAGAGUUCAACAAUCACUUCAUCCUCAUCUCUGGUGAGAGUGGAGCAGGAAAAACUGAGGCCUCAAAGAAGAUCCUGCAGUAUUAUGCCGUCAGCUGUCCGAGCACCACUUUAAUGAACACUGUUAGAGAUAAGAUGCUCAUGUCCAACCCUGUCUUAGAGGCUUUUGGGAAUGCAAAAACUUUGAAAAAUGACAACUCUAGUCGGUUUGGGAAGUACAUGGAUAUUCAGUUUGACAACCAGGGUGAUGCAGUUGGAGGCCACAUCCUGAACUACCUGCUGGAGAAGUCGAGGGUUGUGCACCAGAAUCAUGGGGAGAGGAACUUUCACAUCUUUUACCAGCUGCUGGAGGGAGGAUCUGAUGACCUGCUGAAGCAGCUGGGUCUCAGUAGAGAUGUCCAACACUACUACUAUCUAACACAGGGGGAAUGUGCCAUUGUCUCAUCUAUUAAUGACAAAAAUGACUGGAAAUCUGUCAAAAAUGCCCUGCAAGUCAUUGAAUUUGAUGAAACUAACACAAAUCAUCUGUUUAGGGUCGUUGCAAGUGUUCUCCAUUUGGGGAAUGUUCAUUUUGAUGCAGAUAGUAAAGGCCACGCCAUGCUGAGGAACAACACAGAGCUAAACUGGGUUUCAGACCUUCUGGGAUUGGAUGCCCACAACCUGAAGGAGGGACUUAUGUUCAGGAGGAUUGAAGCCAAAACAGAGCAGGUCCUCAGUCCUUUCUCAGUUGACCACGCCAUCUAUGUCAGAGACGCCCUGGCCAAAGCCAUCUAUGGACAGACCUUUACCUGGUUGGUCAGCAGGAUUAAUGAGUCUAUGGAGAAUAAGGACUCCUCACGAAAGACUGUUAUUGGGCUUUUGGACAUAUAUGGAUUUGAAGUGUUUUAUGUUAACAGUUUUGAGCAGUUUUGUAUAAACUACUGCAACGAGAAGCUGCAGCAGCUUUUUAUCCAGCUGACACUCAAAUCUGAGCAGGAGGAAUAUGAAGCAGAAGGAAUUGAGUGGGAGCCGGUUCAGUUCUUCAACAAUAAAAUCAUCUGUGACCUGGUUGAGGAGAAACACAGAGGAAUCAUAUCAGUAUUGGAUGAAGAGUGUCUCAGGCCAGGCGAUGCCACAGACCUCACCUUUCUGGACAGAUUAGAAGAAAAGAUGGGAAAUCACCCCCACUUUGUUACACACAGACUAGCUGACAAAAUGACUCGGAAGACUCUGGAAAGGGGAGAUUUCCGACUCUUGCAUUAUGCCGGGGAGGUCACCUACUGCGUUGUGGGUUUUCUUGACAAAAAUAACGACUUGUUAUACAGAAACAUAAAGGACCUGGUUUGUCAGUCAAAAAAUGACAUUGUCCGGGAAUGCUUCUGCACUGUGGAUACAGCAAACAAGAGAAGGCCAGAAACAGUGGCGAUGCAGUUUAAGAAUAGCCUGCAGAAGCUGACAGAGAUGCUUAUGGCUAAGGAGGCCUGGUACAUACGCUGUUUAAAGUCCAAUGAGUCCAAGCAGCCAGGACAGUUUGACGAAGCUUUGAUAAGACAUCAGGUGAAGUACCUGGGUCUAAUGGAACAUCUCAGAGUCAGAAGAGCUGGUUUUGCUUACCGUCGGAGAUAUGAAGACUUUUUAAAGAGGUACAAACCCCUGUGCCCAGCCACCUGGCCUCACUGGAGAGGACUGCCUGCAGAUGGUGUUGAAGUGCUGGCUCAACACCUGGGCUACCUACCUGAUGAGUACAAAAUGGGAAGAACUAAAAUAUUCAUCCGUCAUCCCAGAACACUUUAUGCCACAGAGGACGCUUACGAGAAAUGCAAACAUGACUUGGCAACCAAACUGCAGGCCAAGUAUAAAGGAUACAAAAUCAAGGGAGAGUUCAAGAAGCAGAAAGAGGCUGCAACAAAGAUCGAAACGUGCUGGAGAGGAGCACAGGCUAGGAAAGAAAAGGAGAAACGAGCAUGGGCCGUAAAAGUCAUCAAGAAGUUUAUCAAAGCCUACAUAAACAGAGGAGAAGCAAAGAGCACAGAUAACUCAGAGUACCUGGCCUUCGUCAGACAAAGCUACUUGAACAGACUGAAGAAUAAUUUGCCAAAGACUGUUCUGGAUAAAACCACCUGGCUAACUCCCCCUUCUGUGGUCGCUGAGGCAUCAGAGAUACUCCGUAAGCUUCACUACCGUCUGAUGGUGCGGAGAUACGUACGAGGAAUCACACCACAGCGAAAGGCCCAACUUCAGCUGAAAAUUGUCACCAGUUCUAUCUUCAAAGACAAAAAGGAAAAUUACCCACAGAGUGUCUCUCAGCCCUUCUUGGACACAAGAAUCAGUGAACAAGAGAUCAACAGCCGGGUUCUUAGUAUGAUUCGCAAUGAGCAUAUUAAGUACAGUGUGCCAGUCAUUAAGUAUGACAGAAAUGGCUUCAAACCGAGGCCCAGGCAACUUAUCCUCACCCAGACUGCUGCCUAUGUGGUGGAGGAGGCCAAGGUCAAACAGCGAGUAUCAUACAGCUCUCUCAAAGGGAUUUCUGUAAGCAACCUAAGCGAUGGCAUUAUUGUAUUUCAUAUAACCUGUGAAAACCCCAAACAAAAGGGGGAUCUGGUCAUACAGUGUGACCACCUGUAUGAGUUUUUAACUAAACUUAGCAUCAUUGCUAACAAACAGAACAUCAUCAAAGUGGUGCAGGGAAGCAUAAAAAUAGAAAUCCAGACAGGCAAAGAGAGCGCAGUAGACUUCAGCAGAGGGCAGGAGCCCCAAGUGUACAAAGCCAAGAAUGGCCACCUCAUGGUGGUGAGUUUAGAUUUAUGUUCUGGUCUCAAUUUCCCCUGCAGAAUUCAAUAAAACAGUCACUUUUCUGCUGCAGGUCGCCACUCGAACAAGGACACGGUAAUGUGGAACUGAAGAUGAGACGCAAGAAGCCCCUGGAUAUCUCCUCAAGAGACCCCAAAGGAGAGGACCAUAUCCCCUGCAUGCACACCUGGCAUCAACCAGCUGCACCCCUAAAUGCAGCCAGGAGCUUCUUCAUUAGACAGAAAGUCAAUUUAAAUCUGUGAUGUAAACUGAAUCACAAUCUAAAAAAAACAAAUCUGUUUUGAAGAAAAGUUUUUUUCAACUAACUGGUACCUGUGAUCUCUGACCAGUUCAGCCAUA